AUGCCAGGAAAGGUGAUGGGAUUAACAAGGGCCCAGAUUUCAACUCCUUCUGUCCACCUUAAGGGGUUCAGAAAAACCAGGAAAAUCUCGGAGAGGAGCAAUGGCUCUCUCAUUUGCAUCCUUCAGGCCCUCUCCUUUAUCAUCUUCAUCUGUUACAUUGCCUCGACAGCUGCAGCUUUCAUGAUGGUGCCUUUACUGACAUUUCUACUUGCUUUGUGCUUUUUGGUUUCGUAUUCCCUGAAGCUUGAUGAGAAGUUCCAAGGCAUCUAUUGGAUUUUAGUGGAUUUUUUGUGUGGAAUUAUUGCUGCUAUCAUAUAUUUUGCCAUCUCAAUUGCUGCUGUUUCAAAAUAUUCGGACACGGCAUCGAAGGCAGCGGGGGUAUUUGGCUUUAUUGCUACUGUUGUCUACUGUGCCUACGUCUAUUUCACCUUUAACAGCCUGGCAACGUUUCUGAAGCAAGGAGAUUCCUCUGAUGCCCCCAAGCCACAGAAAUCAGAAGAUGACGACUCAGAUUCAGAUUCAGACUGAAACACGGUAUUGAUGAAUGGCAGAACCUUGAUGGAAAAAAAGCAAGGAAUGUUUUGAGUAUUUUAACCUUUUCAGUGAACUUUACAAAUGGGUAUUACUACAAAUGGGAUCACCAAAAUCAUGCUGGGAAUAUUAUAAUCUCUAUAAUUUACCCAGGAAAACUUGAUCUGCUGCUGUUUGAGCCUCAUUCAGCAUUGAAGUACACUUUUCCAGCUGAACCCUUUCUGAACAGACUCCAUAUGUUAUCAAAGGUGUACAUAAAGUCAUUACAUCAGACGAGCAUGGAGCUUUUUCAGUAGUAGACACAGAAUCCUGAUCAAGCUUACAAACUUCAAUAGCUUUUUUAAAAGAGUUUUCUACUUAUACUGAGAUUUUUGUUCUUGAGUUGAAAAGACAAUAGCCUGAUUAUCUGUUAGGAGGUAUAAAAAGGGCCUUUGUUAUUGCUUUUAAAAUUUAGAUCCAGUUUAAACUCGGCAAAUUCAACAAUCAUGAAAAUAAAUUUAAAUCCCUAAUGAAUAAAACCAAGUCUAUAAGAAAAGUAGAUCAACGUACAGGUGAAAGCAAUUCUCGGUCUUCUGUAUGUUAAGUCCCACCCAUCAUUCUAUGAAAGAAUCUCACUCUUACCAUGGUAGAAACAAAAAAAACACCACUCCUCCAUUUACAGGUAUUCUGUUAUUUAUCUUUUAUAAGUUUUAAAGACUGGAAAUUUCAGUGAUUGGCCCUGUGUCACAUCUGUGACUCAGUUGAGAACAGCUACAUUAAAGCACUCAAAGGCUUUAAACUUUUAAGAAAGAUGCUUCCUUAAAAGCAUCUGUCAGAUAUUCAGUGCACUGCUUGAAAUAAUUAUGUGCCUAGACAUAACCAGUCCUCAUGUUAACAGAUCAUUCCUCAAGGAAGAUAUAAAUGCAGUGAAGGCUCUGUCUCUUCUCUCACAACUUUUGCGAUUGCCCACCUAGCUUCAUGAAACCAGAAGUACCAAAGCACAGCCUGGACAGUGAUCACACAAUGUCUAGGCCUUUGACAGCCACACCAGUAAUUACGAGGAAUAAUGAAAUAUAGAAAACUAUGGGAGAUACAGUGGUGCUUUUCUGAAGAGAAGAUAAGGUAUACGUGUUCUCUUGCUCCAAAACUAGAAUUACCAAAUGGAUUCUCAGGAAGAAGUAUGAUGUGUGAACCAGGCAUACAAUUCCUGCUUCUACCUUUUUCUCCCAUGUGUAUGGUAAGUCCUUGCUUAACAACUGCCCUGUUUAGCAACCAUUCAAAGUUACCACAGCACUGAAAAAGUAACUUUAUGACU